ACUACCCCUGCACUGGUCACGCCUGCCACCUGUUAAAGGUUCCAAAGGCAAAGCAGCUCCAGGGGGUGCCAAGGUUCAGUGUAGAAGCUUGAGAGGCUGGGGACGGAGUCUGGGCAGAGACCUCGAAGCCUCUCAGUGGCGGAGCUUCUGAGAAGAUGCAUUUCCCUGUGUUUGUGUGGUGCCUGGUGGAGGGAGGUGGUUCCUGGAGGAGGCAGCCAGGGUAAGGGCCUGGGGCUGGGAAGGAGGGUGGGGCCUUCAGAGGAAAGACGCAACUCAGCCUGGAGUUUUCUGGAGAGCUAGAGCCACAGGAGCUGGAAGAUAAGGCGGAUGUAGCCUCAGGACCCAGAUGCCAGGCGUUUCCUCAGGACCCAUACCUCUAACUUCAUACACUGAGGACUUCCACACUGAGCAGGAUUAGAGGCGGUGGCAGAGCAACCUGGGUCAGCCCGGCCGCGCCCCGGCGGGGCGGCGAGGAGAAGCCACGGGCACCGAGGGCCCGCCCAGCGCCCAGCGCCCAGCGCCCAGGGGCCACAAUGACAUGCCCCUUGUCCUGAGGCAGUUUUACCGCCAGGGGCUACACGAUGUCAAUCUGCGCAAUUUCAGCCGUGGCCAGACCAGCCUGGACAGGCUUAGAGACGGUCUCGUCGGUGCCCAGUUCUGGUCAGCCUACGUCCCAUGCCAGACCCAGGAACGGGAUGCCCUGCGCCUCACCCUGGAGCAAAUUGACCUCAUCCGCCGCAUGUGUGCCUCCUAUUCUGAGCUGGAGCUUGUGACCUCAGUUAAAGCUCUGAACAACACCCGGAAGUUGGCUUGCCUCAUUGGUGUGGAGGGAGGACACUCACUGGACAGUAGCCUUUCCAUCUUGCGUACCUUCUACGUGCUGGGUGUGCGUUACCUGACACUCACUCACACCUGCAACACACCCUGGGCAGAGAGCUCAGCUAAGGGCAUCCAUCCCUUCUACAACAAUGUCAGUGGGCUGACCAGCUUCGGUGAGAAGGUGGUGGUGGAAAUGAACCGCUUGGGCAUGAUGGUAGAUUUGUCGCAUGUCUCAGACACUGUGGCUCGGCGAGCCUUGGAAGUGUCACAGGCACCUGUGAUCUUCUCCCACUCGGCUGCCCGAGGUGUGUGUAAGAAUGCCAGGAACGUUCCCGAUGAUAUCCUACAGCUUCUGAAGAAGAAUGGUGGCAUUGUGAUGGUGUCUUUGUCAUCGGGGGUGCUGCAAUGCAACCUGUUAGCUAACGUGUCCACUGUGGCAGAUCACUUUGACUACAUCAGGGCAGUCAUUGGAUCCAAGUUCAUUGGAAUUGGUGGAGAUUAUGAUGGGGCCAGACGUUUCCCUCAGGGGCUGGAGGAUGUGUCCACAUACCCAGUUCUGAUAGAGGAGUUGCUGAGGCGUGGCUGGAGUAGGGAAGAGCUCCAGGGUGUCCUUCGAGGAAACCUACUGCGGGUCUUUGGACAGGUGGAACAGGUACGGGAGGCAAGCAAGGGGCAAAGGCCCUUGGAGGAUGAGUUCCCGGAUGAGCAGCUGAGCAGCUCUUGCCGCUCCGUUCUCUCACGUCUGCAUCAGACACAGUACCCUGCUCCAUACCAGAAACUAACUGAGAUUUCACCUGAGUGGUCCCCUAAACAGUCAUUGUCAAAAUCUCUCCCCAUCAUGGCCCCAGGCCUCAUAGUUAUUGCUGCUUGUUCAGUCCUCAUUCUGUGGUUCUGGUGACCCAGUUAAUCCUACCAAAUGUCACUAUGGCAGCUGCGGAUACCCCACAAUGUUCCCCCAUCAUGCAGGCACAAACAUUUCCUGAAAUAAAUGUUUUACACAAGGAA